AUGGACGCAAAGCAAACGGCACUCAAGAUCAAGUACAAGGGCGAGCUGCAUCGUCUGCGCGUGGACCUCACGUCGUUUUCGCUCGAGGCGCUGACGGCGCUGUUCGCCGAGACGUUCAACUUGGCGCCUGGCAGCUUUGUCGUGCAGUACACGGACGCCGAGGGCGACUGUCUGAAUGUGACGUCGCAAGCCGAGUACGAGGAGGCGUGUCGCGUGCUGUCGAUGGACGGAGCGAGUGCGACGUCGGUGCGCUUUGAGGCGGUGAGUCGCGCGGCUGUGGCGUUCCAGGAGAACGUAGCGGCCCCGAUCCUCAAGGCCAUUGAGAAGCUGGUGGAGACGCUGAAUGUGGCCAUGGACAAGGUGAAGCACGAGGAGUGGGCCGACAAGGCGCAGCAGACGGCGCAGACGGGGCUGGACCAGACGAACGAGGCGCUCAAGGCCGUGGUGCACGACGCGCGCGAGACGCUGCACGCGGCGCGCCUGAGCCUUCAGGAGAUCCCGUUUGACCAGCUGAUGAAGGAGACGACGGACGGCCUCAAGUGCGCGGCCGAGGGCAUUGGUGAGUUUGCGAAGGAGGUGGUGGACGAGUUGAAGAAUAUGAAGGUGGCGCCGGCCCAGGCGGAAGUGGCUCCCGUCCCGGAGGCACCUCAGCCGACGGCCGAGACUGUGGCCGUGGAGUCGGUGGACGCCCCUGCAGCUGUGGCGAGCGACAGCGAGUGGGAGCAGGUGACGGAGCAGGACCAGACGUCGGUUGCCGUGGAAGAGAUCCCGGUCGUUGUUGAGCCGCCAGUGACUACUGCGCCAACGGAGGACGAGAUCAAGUGGUCGGAGGAGCUGUUUAUGGUGCGCAACAUCUUUCCUGGCGUGGAGACGAGCGCCGUUGUCAGCCGUCUGGAGCAGUGCAACGGCAACGUGCUGGUGGUGCUGAACGCGUUGAUGGAGGAGAUGUAG